ACUGGUCUUGCCCAAAAAAACAUGCAAACUUUUCCUGAAUCCACACCGGACACUGGGUGAUUCGGUACCUCACUCCCCGGCGUGAUCUCCUCUUGAUUCGCUUGCGCCCUCGGGUUAAAGCCGAAAAGACCCUGCUGUGCCUCCCCGCACUACCGUCGCGCAAACCCGACCGCUUAAUUCAAGCCAAAAUGCAGCCUCACCAGCUCGAGAAGCCGAAGCGGGCACCUCGAAAGCAUGUAACCACCGCUUGUGUCGCUUGUCGUGAGAGCAAAAUCAGAUGUGAUGGCUCGACUCCCCACUGCCAGAAUUGUCAAAGGAAAGGAAAGGAAUGCAAAUAUCAACACGGGGACGAUAAACGCAAAGUAUCUUUACGUGCCGCAACAGAGCUGUUCUCCGCUAGAAUUGAUCAACUAUGCCAAUUCAUCUACGAUCACGGCCUCGAGCCGCCUCCAAUGAAGGAGGAGGAUGAAUCAGGCAUGAAUAGAGUUUUGGACACAUUGCAGAUCCCUCGUGCGUCAACGAAGGUUGGUAAUUCUACCACCGCCAAUGCGCACAGCGCGACCUCUUUGCCGCAUGUGCGGUCCCCUGCUAACUCUCCGACCUCUCCCAAUUCAACGUCGAAUCGACAGCUGGAGGGGGACAGUGCAUCUGAAGUAUCUCCACCCUCACCAACCACAGGCCCCCCUCAGUCGUCUCUUCCGAUUUCAGAGCUGAAUCAAUCGGCUAUCCCUCCGUACAAUGUGAACAUGGGCUUGCCCAGCAACAUCAAAACACCUUCAGACUGGGGAUUCACCCUGCCGACGGCGGAAAGCUUGGAUGCUCUGUACGCCAACAUUGACGGUCGGUCUAAUGGGUCACAGGACACCAGUCUGAGUCCUGAUAGCUUGCAAUUGUCGCAAGACAUAGCUCAGCAGCCUGGUGUGCUCCUCAACCAGGCUUGGAAUGAAAGAGAUGCCGAUUCGAACAGUGGCGAAGAAGAUGAAGCCGAGAAUGAUGUCAUCGAGCAAAUUUCGCAUCGCAUUGGGACGCUGAAGCUUUCCGGUGAUGGUCAUCUACGGUUCUUCGGAGCAACUUCGAACCUCAACUUGGUGGACGUUUCGGCCUCGCAACAGCAUCAACGUCCGGACGCUCGAACUGUUCGUCAUGACGGUCAAGAUAUCUUGAACCACUUGCGCGUGGGGCAGCCCGUCAGUCAAUCUCUGGAGGACCAUCUCGUGGAACUAUAUUUCACCUGGCAGAAUCCCAGCACCUAUGUGGUUGAUAAGGAGAUGUAUUGGAAAGCUCGAGCAGAGUGGAGAAACGACUUGAUAGAUACGCCUUUUUACUCGGAGGUCCUUACCAAUGCGAUGUGUGCCAUUGGAAGUGCCUUCGAAGCCCGGUACCAUCCCACCUUCAUCACAUUUCCGAAGUCGCUCUCGGAAUUCUUCGCCGAUCGAGCGAAGGCUCUUCUAGAAAUUGAACUGGAUUCCCCUUGUGUCGCUACGGUUCAGGCCCUUGUUAUAUUGAGCUCCCAUGAGGGUUCUUCGAACCGUGAUGCGAGAGGAUGGCUCUACAGUGGUACGUACGUUGACUCGGAUGGAGAGGAGAUCACGGAUCUGACCUUGUCAGGAAUGUCUAUGAGGCUCGCAUUUGAUCUGGGACUGCAUCUUGAUAUGACGCCCUAUGUCGAGAAAGGUGAGAUCAGUGUCUUUGAGGCUGAUGUCCGUAAGGUAGCUUUUUGGGGCAGCUACACCGCAGACCAUUUCUGGGGCUUUUAUCUUGGGAGGCCUUUUCGGAUGAGUACCGGGGACAUCACGGUCCCGAAACCUGCUUCCGACCUGGGUGCUGAGAAGGAAGCCAUGUGGCACCCGUACGGUCUUUCCGCUAGGUCAGAAGCACUUGAGAAGGGACUGAGAAACCCCAACGAGUUGAUCAGUCGUCAGUUUGCUGUACUCUGGGAGAUUAUCUCUCCAGUUGGCCAUAUUCUUUAUGGGUGCUCCGAUAUUUCUCCGCAUGACCUUCAGAGGCUUUGCCACCAGGUAACAGAUGAUCUAUUUGCAUGGAAGGCCAACCUACCUUCCAAUCUAGACAUCGACAUCUUGAACGACACCGUGCCCAAACUGCCCCAUCUCCUCGUAUUGCACAUGCAAUACCAUCAAAUAGUGAUCUUCACUCACCGUCCGUGGGUGUCUAAGAGCUAUAUUCAGCCGCGUAGCCCACGCCAGGGACCUGGCUACCACCAUGCGCGAAGGAUGUGCAUCGAAUCUUCCACCGCGAUCGCACAACUCCUCCACAUCUAUGAAAAAUACUACACUUUUCGUCGCAUGAAUAGUCAGGUCGUAGCCAUGAUAUUCAGCGCCGCGCUGAUUCUCCUCUACGUCACAAUCUCCAACUCCCGACAAGGCAGCGAGAACGGCAGGAACGCUGAAAUGGUAGCCUACCUGAAUCUCUGCUUCCGUGCCUUGGAUGAGAUUGGUCAGUCAUUUGAGAACGCAAAGCGAACGCGGGAUUUUCUCGUUAGCCUGCAGCGGCGGUGGCAAGCGCACAUGCGUCGCUCCGGGUCGGCUAUUAAGCGUCAGAUGAGCCAACAAGCGCUGUCACAGAAGCCCGCAAGCAGCCGGACAUCGGACGCACACCUGUCAAGGAAGAAGUCGCGGACCACAGCGCCUCGGAACCGGGCCGCUAUGCCUCUUUCAAUACCGACGGCGCACUCACUUGCCGCUGCCGGCAUGCCAUUGGCACCGCAGGUCGGAGGCCAAUCAGUUCAGCCACCGCUAGUGGAUCCCGCGCCGCCAUUGACUGCAUGUCAGCCCGGGGACUUCGACUGGAUCCGCGAUUCCGAGCUGCAGCUGCUGGGCGAUACUCUUGGCGAAGAAGGCUUUCCGCCGCUGGGGAACACCAACUUGUAUGCCGAGAAUGGCACCCUGCCUUCGCUUAAUGAUAUUGAAUCCUGGUGGGAUUCACCCGAGGGGAACGCGUUUGGAGGGAGUUCGCUUUGAUAGACUGGACCCGACACGAAGAGUUUUGUCUGGAAUGUUUCUGUGCUUAGAUUUUAAAUAAGAUAGAUUAUGACGUAAGUCAUGAGGCAUUU